AGAAACUCCAGCAGCAGACACUGCGGCUUCUUUAGCGGAAAGCAGCUCAGUCAUCUGGAGUUAUGCCUCUGCGGUUGGAGAUCAAGCGCAGACUGACGGCUCGGUCAGAGCGUGUGAAGAGCGUUGACCUGCAUUCCACAGAGCCAUGGAUGCUGGUCAGUCUCUACAACGGCACUGUUGUGGUCUGGAACCAUGAGACACAGUUGAUGGUGAAAACCUUUGAGGUGUGUGAUCUGCCCGUCAGAGUGGCUAGGUUUGUUGCCAGGAAACACUGGAUCGUUGUCGGAGCGGAUGACAUGCUGGUCAGAGUCUUCAACUACAACACCCUGGAAAAGGUUAACAUGUUUGAGGCGCACUCUGACUACAUCCGCUGCAUCUCGGUCCACCCCACCCAGCCCUACAUCCUCACCAGCAGCGAUGACAUGCUGAUCAAGCUGUGGGACUGGGAGAGGAAGUGGCUGUGCAGUCAGGUGUUCGAGGGACACACUCACUACGUCAUGCAGAUUGUCAUUAAUCCCAAAGACAACAACCAGUUUGCCAGCGCCUCUCUGGACAGAACCAUCAAGGUGUGGCAGUUGGGCUCCAAGACUCCCAACUUUACUCUGGAGGGUCAUGAGAAGGGAGUGAACUGUGUGGACUACUACAGCGGGGGGGACAAGCCCUAUCUCAUAUCGGGGGCUGACGAUCACCUCGUUAAAAUCUGGGAUUAUCAGAAUAAAACCUGUGUUCAGACCCUGGAGGGUCACGCCCAGAACGUCACCAGCGUCAGCUUCCAUCCCGAGCUGCCCGUCAUCCUCACAGGUUCUGAGGACGGCACUGUCCGAGUUUGGCACUCCAACACCUACCGAUUAGAAAACAGUCUCAACUAUGGCAUGGACAGGGUGUGGUGUAUUUGUGGGAGACCAGGCUCCAACUAUGUGGCAGUGGGCUAUGAUGAAGGCAGCAUCAUUAUCAAGCUGGGCCGAGAGGAGCCCGCCAUGUCCAUGGACUCCAGCGGGAAGGUCAUGUGGGCGCGGCACUCCGAGGUGCAGCAGGCCAGCCUGAGGACUCUGGGAGACACAGAGGUGCAGGACGGAGAGAGGCUGCCGCUGGGCGUCAAAGACAUGGGCAGCUGUGAGAUUUACCCACAAACCAUCCAACACAGCCCCAACGGAAGGUUUGUUGUUGUUUGUGGAGACGGGGAAUUCAUCAUCUACACCGCCAUGGCCUUGAGGAGCAAAAGUUUCGGCUCCGCUGAGGAGUUUGUCUGGGCUCACGACUCCUCACAAUAUGCCACCAGGGAGGGCAUGAAUGUGGUGAAAAUAUUCAAGAACUUCAAACUGAAGAAAACAUUUAAACCCAGCUUCGGGGCAGAAGAGAUUUUUGGUGGCUUCUUAUUGGGAGUGAGGUCAAACAACGGCCUGGCCUUCUACGACUGGGAGAACGUCCAACUGAUCCGCCGUAUUGAGAUCCAGCCCAAACAUGUGUUCUGGUCAGAGUCUGGGGAGCUGCUAUGUAUCGCCACUGAGGAGUCUUUCUUUUUGCUGCGCUUCCUGCCAGAGCAAAUCUCCGCAGCUCAGGGCGCCAACGACAAGAUGACAGAGGAUGGGAUAGAGGAUGCCUUUGAGGUCAGGACAGGAAUGUCUUUCAUAAAGCCCACUAAAUGUUUGGGUUCUUGUACUGAUCCUGCGUUUCUUUGUUUUUUAUUUAUUUUUUAUUUUUGCUGUGCUCUAACUGACCAGGUGUUGGGAGAGGUCCAGGAGGUGGUGAAGACGGGCUUAUGGGUGGGAGACUGUUUCAUCUACACCACCUCUCUGAACCGACUUAACUACUAUGUUGGAGGAGAGAUUAUCACCAUAGCCCACAUGGACAGGAUCAUGUAUCUGCUGGGCUACAUCCCAAAGGACAACCGUCUCUACCUCGGAGAUAAGGAGCUGAACAUUGUCAGCUACUCUCUGCUUCUCUCUGUGUUGGACUAUCAGACAGCUGUCAUGAGGAAGGAUUUCAGCAUCGCUGACAAAGUUCUGCCCACAAUCCCCAAAGACCAGAGAACCAGAGUCGCCCGCUUCUUAGAGAAGCAGGGUUACAGAGCGCAGGCGCUAGCCGUGUCCACCGACCCAGAACACAAGUUUGAGCUGGCUCUGCAGCUGGGAGACCUCACCACAGCACGCCAACUAGCCCUGGAGGCGGAGUCGCAGCAGAAAUGGAGGCAGCUGGCAGAACUAGCUACCACCAAGUGCCAACUCAGCCUGGCUCAGGAGUGUCUGCACCAAGCGAGGGAUUAUGGGGGAUUAUUGCUGCUGGCAACCACCUCUGGCAACGUGGAAAUGGUGGGCAAACUGGCUGAGGGGGCGGAGGAGGAUGGGAGAACCAACGUGGCCUUCCUGUCGUACUUCAUACAGGGGAGACUGGAGAAGUGUCUGGACCUUCUGAUUGAUACCAAUCGACUGCCAGAGGCUGCAUUCCUGGCAAGAGCAUAUAUACCCAGCCAAGUCUCAAGGGUGGUGAGGCUGUGGAAGGAAAGUCUGUCCAAGGUUAACAAGAAGGCGGCGGAUGCUUUAGCUGACCCUGCAGAGUACAGCAACCUGUUCCCUGAGAUCCAGCAAGCCCUGCUGGCUGAGCAGUACCUGAAGGAGACUCACGUCAGGGUCAGAGCGUCUGCAGAAUACCCACUCGUCACGCCAAACGAGGAUCGUCAUGUCCUGGAAGAAUCUAACGGUUUUAGGCCUGAAGCAGAGAUUCUUAAGCCAGCGGAGAUGGAGGCAGUGGAGAGAGUGGCUGAUUGUCCUGUUGCAGCCGUGCUGACAGAAGUUCCUCAUUCAGAAGAAGCAGCACAGGAAGAGUUAGUUCCACUAGAGCGGGAAUCCACAACAACUGCUCUAGUGCAGAGCAUCCCUUCUGAGGGAGAAGAUACAAGACACGGCAUCAGCUCUACAGCUGAGGAUCUGCUCUGCCUGGAGGAAUGCUCUUCACAGGAGCCUGUCACCAUGAAGGGAGAGCCCGAGGAGGUACAGUCCAGCUCAGUCCAAGAUGUCAUUCCGUCUGACGAAUCAGCUGCCUGCAUCUCUCGAAAUGACCUCAACCUGACAGGAAAGGAAUUAGCGUGUGAAGCAGCAGCAGAGCUUGAGAUGAGCGACCUUUUGGUGUCAGCAGAUUCUGGAGCGAGUGAAGAAACGUCCAGUUACGAUGAUCUGGAUCUGGAAGCAGAUACCACCUCCUCACCAGUCUCUGCUGUGAUGGAGAAGAGUCCACAUGAACUCGUUUUGGAAGCAGAACUGUCACACACAACAACAGAGGAGCUCAUCUCCUCCCAAACCGGCGGAAGCCAAGAGCCUCCCAACGAGGCGUCUCCACAGAGCUCAGCUGAAGACAGACUGAUGCUGCUGGAGCCUGUCCUGUCUCAGGAGCAAGACAAACAGACCACGGGAGAAUCUGUAGAACCAGAAGAUGAGUCAGAACAGGAGCUUCUUCUGGAACCCCCUCCUGCAGAAAGCAAUGUGGAGGAAGAGUCUGAGGAAUCCGCUGAAGAUCUGGAAGGAGAGAUUGCUGAUGAGGAUCUUGAUGAUCUGGAUAUGGAGAAUUUGGACCUGAUAGAUGAAGAUCUGCUGAGUGAAUAGAAGUUGGAUUACAUUAAUAUAUCUCAGGCAAAAGAAAAAGAUUCUAGAAAUCAUUUUCAAGCAAAGCAAAAUGUACAAAAACGUGUUUAGGAAUAAAUAGGAAUGACUUUA